AUGGCGACCUUCGUCCUCCUCUUCCUCCUCCUUCUCUCUCUCUACGCAUCCCCGUCUUCAUCCCAGCUCGACGAAUUCUGCUACACCGGCUUCCACCACUCCAAACCAAAUCUAACCCUAAACGGCGCCGCGCUGAUCCAAAAAUCCGGCGUCCUGCAGCUCACAAACGAGACCAGCAGAUUGAAAGGCCACGCAUUCUAUCCAUCGCCGAUUCAAUUCAAAAAUUCAACCACCAAAACCGUCUCCUCCUUCUCCACGUCCUUCGCCUUCUCCAUCCACCCAGAGUACCCCAAACUCGGUGGCCACGGCUUCGCCUUCACGGUCGCGCCGAACAAACAGCUCAGCUCGUCUCUCCCGAGCCAGUACCUCGGCCUUCUCAACUCCACCGACGCCGGAAACUUCUCCAACCACAUCUUCGCCGUCGAGUUCGACACCGUCCAGGACUUCGAGUUCGGCGACAUCAACGACAACCACGUUGGCGUCGACGUCAACAGCUUGGUGUCCAACGCCUCCGCCGCCGCCGCCUAUUUCAGCGACGAUUCGGCGAAACACGAUCUCAAUCUCAAGGGCGGCACGCCUCUUUUCGCGUGGAUCGAAUACGAUUCCGCCGCGAAUCUCGUCAACGUGACUCUGUCGCCGACCUCUUCGAAACCUAAAAUCCCCAAUCUCUCCUUCCCGAUCGAUCUGUCUCCGAUUUUUCACGAUCAAAUGUACGUCGGAUUCUCUGCUUCGACCGGUCUGCUAGCGAGCUCCCAUUAUGUUUUAGGCUGGAGCUUCAAAAUGAUGGGGGAAUCCAAACCCCUAAAUUUGGCUUCCUUGCCGUCGGCGCCGGGAAUUAAGAAGAAGAAAACCAAAUUAAUCGUAAGCCUCUCGGUUGCUUCCUUUGUUUUCGCAUCAUCUUCAAUCCUGCUUGCUCUUUUCCUGUUACGAAAAUUCAAAAAUCGCGAAAUAAUCGAAUCGUGGGAGCUGGAGAUCGUCCCACACAGAUACAAGUACCAAGAGCUGAAGCAAGCCACCAAAAAUUUCAAAGACAGCGAGCUUCUCGGAAGCGGCGGAUUCGGCCGAGUUUACAAAGGCACGCUGCGGAACCCUAAAAUCGAAGUCGCCGUGAAGCGCGUGUCGCACGACUCGAAGCAGGGGAUCCGCGAGUUCGUCUCGGAGAUAUCGAGCAUCGGCCGCCUCCGCCACCGGAAUCUAGUGCAGCUGCAGGGCUGGUGCAGGUGCGGCGGCGAUCUCCUAUUGGUGUAUGAUUUCAUGCCCAAUGGGAGCUUAGAUCGGUACUUGUUUGAUACGUCAAAAUGCGUAUUAAGUUGGGAGCAGAGGUUCAAGAUCAUCAAAGGCGUCGCAUCCGGCCUUCUCUACUUGCACGAAGGCUACGAGCAAAUCGUGCUUCACAGAGACGUCAAGGCCAGCAACGUGCUGCUCGACGCCGACAUGAACUGCCGCCUCGGCGACUUCGGCCUCGCCAAGCUCUACGACCACGGGUCGAACCCGGGGACAACCCGGGUCGUGGGGACGUUGGGGUACAUCGCCCCGGAGCUGCCGCGGACGGGACGGUCCACAACAAGCUCUGACGUGUACGCGUUCGGGGCUCUGAUGCUGGAGGUGGCAUGCGGGCGGAGGCCAAUCGAGUCGAGGUCGGGGCCCGACGAGCUAGUGUUGGUGGACUACGUGUGGAAGAAGUGGAAAGAGGGGAGGAUUCUUGAUGUGGUGGAUGAGAGGAUGAAUGGUGAUUAUGAUAAGGGUGAGGUUGUGAUGGUGUUGAAGCUGGGGCUCAUGUGCUCCAGCUACCAACAAUCGGCGAGGCCGAGUACGAAGCAACUCGUGAGCUAUUUGGAUCGGGAGAUCGAGGUCGCCGAUGUCGGGAGGGCGACGGGAUGCCCUCCCGACGAGAGGGGUUUCGAGGAUUAUUUGAAUUCGUACGCAUCUUCUUCGUUCGACAAGAGCACCAACGGGGAUAGAAGUUUUAUGUCAAUUUCUACUUCGCCUAUCACAACUUUAGGAGAGCCUAGAUAGUGUGAUUUUUUUGUUCUCUUUUGUCACGAAAUUAGUUCAAAGAGAAGUGUUUGAUACUUCAAUUUAAUAGCACUCGUGUCUCUAAGAGAACAUCAAAACGGCAUAAAUUUUAGUCUCUAAACAAUUAAAUCUAGAAUUAAAAUUCAAAUGCUCAGUCAUUUUCGAAUGA